GCUCGUCAUUUGGAAGCUGCAAAAUCGUGGUUGAAAAUUCAGUCUCAGAGAAUUGCUGAGUGACCGCCGAAGGAUCAAAUACAUAGAAUGCAGGUUUUUAUUACAUAAUUCACGCUACCGGAUCACCAUCUGGAUGGAAAAAUGAUGCAUGGAUACGAGCCUGUUGACGCCCAGUGCGAUGACCGCUUGACGGAUGAGAAAGAAGUCGGCCCUGGGGUUACUGCCACUGGUUGUUUGUACACGGGAUCCCGAAAUGGGCGCCUUUCCGAGAAGGUCACCUGCGAUACCUGUUUUAAAACGUACGCAAGUAAGAAGAGUCUGAAGAUCCACAUGCGCACGCAUACCGGAUACAAGCCUUAUGCGUGUCACAUGUGUCCCAAGCGGUUCGCCCAAACAAAUGUUUUGAAAGCGCAUAUCAAUGCACACACUGGCCGCCGUGACUGGAUAUGCAAAUACUGCAGCAAAGCGUUUACACAGUCUGCUCAUCUUCGCACCCACGAGAAAAUCCAUCUUCAUAGAAGGGAUUACUACUGCAGUUACUGCCAACAAAGUUUUGGUUCCAAAGGUGUCCGCGACCGUCAUAUUCGUCAGCACACAGGCGAAAAGCCAUAUAAGUGUAGCCAAUGCCCAAAAUCGUUUACAAGGGGGGAAUCCUUGAAGUUCCACGAGAAUGCUCACAAAGGCAUUCGUCCUUAUCACUGUCAGCACACUGGAUGUCAGUCUACCUUUACAAAACAGUCCAGUUUAAAACGCCAUGUUACUACUUGCCAUUCAACUUCCUCUGUGGCAGCAGAGCGGCCGCCGGGAGUUCAGCUAAGUGCGGAUUUUGCCAUUCGACUGCCAGGUCUAGGGGCUUCGUCAAGUGCUGCUGUUACUUGCCACAUUCCGCACGUGCACGCAGAGAUAGCACCAAAGAUGGAGGAAUUUGAGCCGGAAUAUUUUCCUGGCUAUUACGGCUACCUGGGCGGUAGUGACAUGGCACAUCGUAUGGAAACGUUACCUGCACCCAUCGACUGCCAAAGAUAUAGAAUGAUGUGCACCAAACCGGAGGCCUGGGCCUCGUACACCAGCGGACAAGACAGAAUUUACGUGCAGGAUCCGUUCGCGGAGUUUGGAACUUAUGGCGUUGAGGCGUGGAAUUCAAUGCAGUUCGUGAGGCGUGAGUAAUGCAUUAUGCCGGGUGCUGCAUGUUUGAGUACUUCGAUUAAUAUUUACCUAAUUAUUGUGUGACUGUUUUCCUUUUAAUGCUCUUGACCUUAUGAAACGAUAGUUCAGAAGUUAGUGGGAAGGAGUCAGAGAAGGAUUGGUGAAUUAAUUACAUUCUGUGAUUAUCUCACUGGAAAUGCACUGUGAUGGGAACGUUGGAUCUGAUAUUCGGUAGUUAUGUAUUUGGCUUUCUGUGCUUUCUGUGGUUUAAAGCUGAUCUGUUUUUGUGGAAUACUUCUUAACUUUACUAGUGGCUUUGUUUUUAAACGCUACGAGCAGCAUUAAA